AUGGUUGCACAGGUCGUUGGAGGAGGACGGAGCAGCUGGGAGCAUCCAGGGUUUGCAGCUGCGGCGGCGCCGGACUCGGAGACGACGACUCCGGCGGCGUACUGGCGAACGGCGCUCCCCGGGGUUCCGAUGCCACAAGCUAUUAGCGACCUCUUGACACGAUCAACUGAUCCAGGUGAUAAGACUAAGCUCCUCAUCAAGUACCUGAAGAGCACCCAAAAAGACAAGUUGCAGAGCUUUAGAGACUCUAGUUCUAUUGGUGGACCAAGAAUGCAUGGACCACAACACGGAAGUAGACAUUUUCAAAACAACUUUUUAUACACAAAUGAUGAAAAGGUCACCUUUCCGUACAAGCGGCAUAUUAACGAGGACCGAAAUAAGGUAACAUAUAGCAUAGACAAUGAAGAUGACCAAAAGAAGGUAACAUUCUCAUACAAACCAUUGACUAAACAAGAUCAAAAGAAGGUCACAUAUGACUCAUACAAUGAAGAUGACAAAAUCAAGCUACCAUUCUCAUACAAGGCAUUGAAUAAAGAAUAUCAAAAAAAGGUCACAUAUGGGUCAUACAGUGAAUACGAUCAAAAGAAGGUAACAUUAUCAUACAAGCCACCGAGUACAGAGGAUCAGAAGAAUGUCACAUAUGGCUCAUACAAUGAAGAUGACCAAAUUAAGCUACCAUUCUCAUACAAGGCAUUGAGUAAAGAAGAUCGAAAAAAGGUCACAUAUGGGUCAUACAGUGAAGAUGACCAAAAGAAGCUAACAUUAUUAUACAAGCCACUAAGUAUGGAGGAUCAGAAGAAGCCUCCCUUGCUGCGCCACGAUGUCGCCGACUCCGUCCCGUUCUCCAUCAGUCGCCUCGGCGACAUCCUCUCCAUGUUUGCGCCGGCUUCCGACGCCAUCGCCGACGAGAUGAGGUGGGUGCUCGAGAAAUGCGACAGCCCAUGGCAGCUCACCGGAGAGAGGAGGAAGGCCGGCUGCGCCACCUCCAUGGAGGACCUCGUGGAGCUCCCCAUGUCCCUCCUCGGGACACGUCGCCUGCACGCUCUCUCCACCGCCGGCAUGCUGCCGGUCGAGGCCGCCUCCGGUAAGAUGGUGACCUGCCACGACAUGACGUACCCGUACGCGGUGUUCUACUGCCACAUGGCCGGGCCGGCCACCAGGGCCUACUCGGUGGCGCUAGCAAGCAGGGACGCUGGCGCAGAGCUGACGGCGAUGGAGGUGCUGGCGGUGUGCCACCUCAACACGUCGCGGUGGAGCUCCAAACACCCGUUCUUGCUAGCCAUGCGAGCCAAGCCAGGGGAUGUGGCACCGUGCCAUUUCCUCCCCAAGAGCAGCGUCAUCUGGGUCCCCAUCGUUGAGCAAGGUGAUGGCCGUGCAGCUGUGCAGUGA